UCAUUUGGAAGAAAAAUGCAGGUGAGAGCUGGUACAGAGCGUAUAUGAUAGGGAAUGGAAUUCUGCAAGAGUGAGUGUGCAAUCUAGUAUUGAUCAACAUAAUGAUUAAUGACAUCUUUGACCAAGAGGAGCUAUAAGAUAAAGGUCAUAUGCUUCUCCAGGCAUCAUAUAAGCCAGUAUCCCUGAAGUUAUAUGCACAGGUGCUUAAGCAGAUGAGAGGUAAGAUUUGCUUGGCGUCACAUCUGAUGAAAAUCUUACCUAGAGAUACAAUAGUGAUAAAGUCGAAAGUAAGUACAAAAAUGUUAACUUGCUGCCUCUGUGGUGUAAUACGUAAAGGAAUCGGGAGUAUGAUAUAAGAUGUAGUUUUUUCAUUUCUGUCUACUGACUUACACUCCAGUACAGUAGGUGGCAGUGAUGCAUCUGUAAGCUGGUUUUCAUACGCCAAUAGCUCCUAGAAGAAGACGCCCCACAGUUCUCGUCGCUAUGGUCCCCGUCGAGGGCUUACGGUAGAAGCAUGGACUCACCACUCCGGUGGAUCAAGUUCUGCGUCUACCCAGCAACACCUUUGAAGCAAAAGUCACUCGCCUAGAACCGAAAAUGAAAGGAGUGUUACCUCGUAGCCCAUAUUUACAACUACUCUAACUUAAUAUGCAGAUUUUAUUUGUCAUUGGAUUAAAUCUAAGAUUGACAGGUGCUUUUUCGCUGUCGACCGAGUGAUUUCACGUAAAAAUGUCUAAUACGGAAGAUUCAGCUGUGACGAAUGGUCAGACGAUACUUAAAAAUGAUUUACAUGAUCUACAAAAGAUCAAACAGGAGAUUAAGAUGUGCGAGACAACUCAUGCGCAGUUGUUGACAGACCAGAAAGAGUUAAGUAACGCCAAAGAUGACCUGUGGAUACUGGCUGAGAGAUUUCAGAAACAGAGCGAAAAAAUCAAGCGUGAAAUGGAAGAGGAGGAGAAAGAGCACAGCCAAAGAAUGGAUAAUUUACAGGUGAAGUUAGAGAAGCUGCAGAAGGAGCAGGAUCUUCUGAAGGCAGAGGAGCAGCAGAUGAAGGAUGAACUUGAGCGUACUGACAAGCUGAAUGAGAAGCAAAGACGGCAGGCACAGUUCUCUGCAAUAGUGCCUGAAAAGCGAUUGGUUUUCUCUGGAGAUGCAAGCAGCACGGCAGGAGGUUUGGAUGUGAAUUCUCAAAUUGUCUAUCCCAUGGAAGGUGGGACUGCGCUGCUCACAUUUGAAGAAGAGAAGGUGGCACAGCAAGUUCUGGCUCUUCAGAAGCAUGUGAUCCGCUUGGAAGAUUGUUCCGUGACCCUAGAGGUCAAACCUGUACAGUUCCUCAUUCCAAGCCACAUAGAGAUGGACAUCUAUGAGUGUCCCAGGUGCAUUCUAAUCUCCAACCUGCCAAAGGACGUUGAAGAAAGCCGCCUCUUGGACAGGCUGGAGCUGCACUUUGGCAAGACGCGUAAUGGGGGAGGUGAAGUGGAAACCACAGAAAUGCUGGAAGAUUCCAAUGUGGUCAUAAAGUUCUUGAAUGGUGAUGUCACUGAAGGUUUGGUGCGUAAGAAGUACCAUGAUGUGCAAAUGGACAAGAAGGAGAGAGUUAGAGUGACUCCCUUUGUGAAUGGGGAAGUAACCACCCUGCAGACCCAGCUGUCUGUGGCCAAGCGUACCGUGUUACUCACUGGGAUUCCCAGUAUCAUGGAUGAAGAGACCAUGCAGGACAGCCUGGAGGUCCAUUUCCAAAAGUCCUCCAAUGGUGGAGGAGAAAUUGAAGCCAUAGCCUUCAACUCUGUCGGCCACAAGAAGCUUGCUGUCUUUGACAAUGACGAUUCUGCAGACCCUUGAGCCUGAUGUACUACAGGCCAGUCAAUAAUAUAAUGAUAAUAUUAUGAAGUGUUAUAAAUUCUCAAAUCAGUAGGUAUGUCCAUGUGUCAAUUCUACAAAGGAAAACAUUUAGUAGUUAGCUGGGAAAUAUGUUUAGAUUUUGAAGGUGAUGUUACAUUUCAUUACAAGUCAUAACUAAGUCUGAUCUAAAUUCUUAAAUCAGAAAUGGACUGCUUAUGAAUAUUAUGCACUAAAAUUUAUGGAACUGAAAGACAUAUGAAAAUAUAUGUUUGUGUUUUAGGAUAGCAUUGAUCAGAAAUGUUACAUGAUCACAUGUGGAAUGUUUGAACUGAUAUUUUGCAAAGACAGAUCACAGAGAAAAGUCUACACUGAGAGAUUGGUGUAAUAUGUCUUUGACUGAUCACACUGUUAGUUCCCACUAGAACCCGCUUGCAUGGCCCGUAUUUCAUCACUCCUUGGACUUGAGGGCAAUACUCAGAUGUGACAGCUUGGUGGCAGCAGAGAGCACCAGUCUCUCAGACUAUAUGAAAACAUGACACAAUUUACACUACAUAGCUGUAUAAGCAUUUCCCAACAACUUAUUUUGAGGGUAAAUAUACUUUUUUAAGAAUUAAAGAUUAAGUAACAAGGUCUCAAUGAA